AUGGGAACUUGUUAAGUUAAAUUACAAAAUAUAGAUCAGAAAAAAAAUGAUGAUUAAAUUGAGACAACAUCACAACCUAAUAUUUAAUAAUUACAACUCACUCCUCAGGUUAGUAAUAUUGUUGGAGAUUAGGAUAGAAUGGAUGAUUUAUUUUUAGAUUUUGAUAGAUAAACAUCUUUGAAACCUGUUUAACAGACUACAACCUUGCAAGAAAAUGUAAAAUAAUUUUAUUAUGACAAGUUCUAACUAUCAUCUAAAAUCUAAAUUACUCAUGAUCCAUAGUCUUAGUCUCUAGACCAUUCAUAGUAAACAAACAAAUCGCCAAAGAAAUUAAAAAACUUGAAUACUAAAUUUAAAGAGAUGAUAUAAUGA